GUAUCCAGGCAUUUGGUCUUCUACUCUGAGUAGCGCAACUAUCUACCGGCAAAGCGCGAUGAUGCCGUUAAGAGAGCGAUCAGGAUGUGUUUUUCUCUUUCUCACACAGCUGAGUCUCUUCCUUUGUAAGUAGUGCUGUCACAGACACGAUUAUUCAGUCGCUGUCGGUACCGCCAACACGAUCGGUUGUGCGUAAAGCAGCCAGCGCGUCUCGGAUGCAACGCGCGCUCCGCUGCAUUUGCGUUUUUGCUAUGGGCUCCGUCUAAAGAGGCACAGACUUUGGGAUAUAUGCUUAUUUUGUACGUUUUUCAAAUGCAAAAGGAAAUAUGCGGCAAAGUUUGGCCUUACUCUUUACCGGUUUGCUUGGGUUGUGUUCAGGCUCAAGUUUCCCAAGUAAUAUCAACAUAGGAGGUUUGUUUCCAACCGACUCCCACGAAUAUGAUGUGUUCCGAUUUGCGCUCUCUCAACACAACGAUGUCCCCAAACUGGUACCACAAGUGGACAUGGUCGACACGGGGAGCAGCUUUGCCAUGACAUACGCCUUUUGUUCCCAGUUCUCCAAAGGAGUCUACGCUAUCAUUGGCCUGUAUGACAGGAGGACCAUGAAUAUGCUCAUGUCGUUCUGUGGCGCUUUGCACGUGUGCUUCGUAACGCCCAGCUUCCCCAUCGAAACCAACAACCAGUUUGUCAUCCAGCUCAGACCUGAGCUCCAGGAUGCUCUGAUUGCCCUUGUCGAGCACUACAAAUGGACCAAGUUUGUCUACAUGUACAGCUCGGAUUCAGGUCUGACAGUUCUGCAAAAGAUCUUGGACACUGCUGCAGAGAAGACGUGGCAAGUGACAUCCAUAAACUUUGACACUCUGACAGAAGCUGCAUUCUUGAAAGUCAUCCAAGAUCUGGAUAAUAAGAAAGAGUACAAGAUCAUUCUGGACUGUGAGCUGGAGAGACUCAAUUCCAUCCUUAACCUGAUAGCAGUGCAAAAGAAGAACUUGAAGAAUUACCACUACAUACUAGCAAACCUGGGAUUUUUGGAUCUUAAUCUCACAGAAUUCAGAAAGGGAGGUGCCAAUUUGACUGGCUUUCAGCUCAUGAACUACACCGAUCCUGCUGUCAGCAGAAUGAUACAAGACUGGCUGGAGUUUGACAGUAAAGACUUGAAAAGUCCCAAAAGGAGACUGAAGUACACUGGAGCUCUUACCUAUGACGGGGUGACCGUCAUGGCCACUGCGUUCCAGAACCUGAGAAAGCAACGCAUCGAUGUCUCUCGCAGGGGGAAUGCGGGGGAAUGUUUGGCAAAUCCUCCCGCACCCUGGGGUCAGGGCAUUGACAUUCAGAGAGCCUUACAGCAGGUGAAGUUUGAAGGACUAACUGGAAACGUUCAGUUUAAUGACAAAGGGCAUCGGACAAACUUCACUGUCAGUGUGAUGGAGUUUAGCCCGACGGGACCCAAGAAAGUGGGCUACUGGAACGAACAUGAGAAAUAUGUGAGCACGGCAACUUACACCAACAUGCUCAACGAGACGUAUGGACUGCAAAACAGGACUUACAUAGUCACCACCAUUCUUGAAUCUCCAUAUGUGAUGCUGAAGAAGAAUCAUGAGCAGCUAAUUGGGAACGACAAGUAUGAAGGUUACUGUGUGGAGCUGGCAGCAGAGAUCGCUAAACAUGUGGGCUAUUCCUACAGGCUAGAGCUCGUAGGGGAUGGAAAGUACGGAGCGAGAGACACGGAGACGAAGAUGUGGAAUGGAAUGGUUGGAGAACUAGUGUAUGGUAAAGCAGACGUGGCUGUUGCACCCCUCACCAUCACUUUGGUCAGAGAGGAGGUCAUCGACUUCUCUAAGCCCUUCAUGAGCCUAGGCAUAUCCAUCAUGAUCAAAAAGCCCACCAAGUCCAAGCCAGGUGUCUUCUCUUUUCUGGAUCCACUGGCCUAUGAGAUCUGGAUGUGCAUCGUAUUUGCGUAUAUCGGUGUGAGUGUGGUACUAUUCCUUGUGAGUCGCUUCAGUCCAUACGAGUGGCAUACAGAUGACGAUGAAGACGGCACGGAACAGCAAAACCAGAAUCAAAACCAACCACCGUCACCAGAAGCCAACCAGUCACCGAAUCAACACGGUCAGAAUCAGAAUCAGCGAGAUGACAAGCAGGAGAAACAACCGGAGCACAAUAAUGAGUUUGGGAUCUUCAACAGCCUGUGGUUUUCUCUGGGAGCCUUUAUGCAGCAAGGAUGCGAUAUAUCACCAAGAUCUCUCUCGGGUCGCAUAGUUGGAGGUGUCUGGUGGUUCUUUACUCUGAUUAUCAUCUCCUCAUACACAGCCAACCUCGCUGCCUUUCUUACAGUGGAGAGGAUGGUGUCACCCAUCGAAAGCGCAGAAGAUCUGGCGAAACAAACAGAGAUUGCCUAUGGGACUCUGGAUGGAGGAUCCACCAAAGAGUUCUUCAGGAGGUCCAAGAUUGCAGUAUUCGAGAAGAUGUGGUCCUACAUGAAGGCAGCAGAGCCUUCUGUAUUUGUGAAGACAACAGAUGAAGGUGUCGUGCGGGUGAGAAAGUCCAAAGGGAAGUAUGCUUACCUUCUGGAGUCCACUAUGAACGAAUACAUCGAGCAACGCAAGCCAUGUGACACAAUGAAGGUGGGAGGGAAUCUGGACUCUAAGGGCUAUGGAGUAGCCACACCCAAAGGAUCCGCCUUGAGAAUCCCAGUAAACCUAGCGGUGUUGAAACUCAAUGAGCAAGCCGUCUUAGACAAACUGAAAAACAAAUGGUGGUACGAUAAGGGGGAAUGUGGAAGCAAGGACUCCGCAAGAAAGGAUAAGACCAGUGCAUUAAGCCUCAGUAAUGUGGCUGGAGUUUUCUACAUUCUGAUUGGUGGACUCGGACUGGCCAUGUUGGUGGCACUAGUUGAGUUCUGCUACAAAUCCAGAAUUGAGUCACGAAGGAUGAAGCAAAUCAUUGACGCAGCCAUGCUCAGUUCAAGUCUGACCAGGAUUGGGAGCGGAGGUGAGAAUGGUCGUGUGAUGGCGCACGAUUUCCCCAAACCGACACAGACUCUGCCGUGUAUGGGCCAGGCUGCUGCCAUGGGCCUUAGCACCACUGGGAUGUAAAAGGGCAACAGCGGCAAACAUCAGGAGACUAUAAAGAAAAACAAUAGCGAGAGUGGGAGGGAAAAUGAGAGAGCAAUGCGGUAUAUAGCUCACCUGCCAUUGAAGUACUGCCAAAUGGAUUCAUUGACAAAACUCUCUUGGCUCCAAAAGAAAUUACACAAGGAUGGGAGGGAAAUUACUUUUGUAAUAUUAGGAUGUGGUUGUUUUUUGAAUCUUCUCUGGUGCAAUAAGGAGACGGUGAGGUUUUUGUAAGAAACAGCGUUUUGGGUACCUGAGAACACGGGGGAAAGCUUUUCUUCACUUUCGCAAAUUGGUGACAAUUGAACUGCGCUGUUUCUUUAAUGUCAUUUUUCCCCCAACAUCACAGUUUUGCAAUUAUGAUGCACAUUGCGUUUUCUGUGUUGUCUAUCCUAUGCUAAAUAUCUUUGCUAUAUAUGUUUCCCAUUCUAUAUAUGUGACCCUGGACCACAAAACCAGUCAUAAGGGUCAAUUAUUUGAAAUUGAAAUUUAUACAUAAUCUGAAAGCUGAAUAAUUUGAUGUAUGGUUUGUUAGGAUACUACAAUAUUUGGCUGAUUUGGAAUCUGAGGAAGCAAAAAAUCCAAAUAUUGAGAAAAUCACCUUCAAAUGAACUCCUUAGCAACACUGAUGAUAAAUACAUUUAUUGUAUAUUUCAUAGACUGUAAAAAGAAAGAUGGACGACGGCUGUUCGCUCUCUUCCAUUGGUGAAAAGUGAAGCCGCCAGUGUCCCGAUAUGGCGCUGACAUCUUGGGUCUUGAGUCUGCGCAGUAGCGAUUUCGGGACCAGUCCUGCACAGUAGUGAGCAGGAAGUAAAGCCGCGAAAUCAAGAAUGCGCAUAUCACACGAUAUCACAGCUGUCAAUCAUGACGUGACACCAUGUAUAUCAUUAAAUAACUAACUAAACAUAAACUUAUUUUAUAAACAAACAUUUAAAUUUACAUCAGCGUGAUAAAACGACAGUAAAUGACAGAAACCAGCUUCGGAAUAAGAUAAUUGAAGUGUAAUUAAAUUUUUUUGUUGGUCUCAAGUCCCAUUGAAUAACAUGGGGAGGCAGGGUUUAUGACCUAUACUGGGACCAGUCACUGGGGGCAAUUGAGACGUUUUGGCUUCACUUUUCAGGGCUUGUGCGGCACGCUUGGUAUAUUUACAGUAGGAAAUGUACAAAAUAUAUUCAUGGAACAUGACCUUUACUUAUUAUCCUAAUGAUUUUUGGUAUAAAAAUUUAUAAUUUUGACCCAUACAAUGUAUUGUUGGCUAUUGCUACAAAUAUACCCAUGCGACUUAUGAGUGGUUUUGUUGUCCAGGGUCACAUUAGUUCCUCAUCUAUCGAAGAAAAGUAUUUUCUUUGAAUAUUUAGUUACACAUUAUCAUUAGAUAGUUUACUAAAUAUUCAAAUGUAUUAUUUUCUCACCCCAGGUACAUUAUUUUUUGCACAUAAAGAGAAAAUUAAUCAAUUUUAAUUCCAAUUUACGACAGUUCAUAGUGCACAGUAAACUGUAAAAAGUUGGAUGAACUUAAAAAAAAUACUUCAAUUGGUAACACACAAAUUUUUUCUUUUGUUUACUUACUAUUUUCUCUUAAACACCUAAAAAACUAACAUUUUCUUCAAGGUAUGUGUUACCAAUUGAAGUAAUUUUUUAGUUCAUCCAACUUUUUACAGUCUAUCAAACUUCAAAAAUGACAAAAUGUGCUAUAAAAAAGUCGUCAAUAUGAUUUGUGCGCUAUAUUCCAAGCCUUCUGAAGCCAUAUGAUAGAUUUUAUAGACGUUUUGUUUCUUAUAAUCUUCACCUGGAGAGUUAUUAAAUAUAGCAGCUCUAUGCUGGUUAAACAGUACGUCAUGUUUUUCAUGUGUUUUAUAUCAAAUUAUGAAAUUAAAUGUGCUUUUCUGGAGAUUGACAGGACUUAUCACUAUGAGCAAUCACUGAAGAUUUUUCAGCAUUUUUCUUCUGCACUCAACAGAAAAAUAACAACAUAAAUGAAUACAAGACUAUAUAAAUAAUGGCCUAAUUUAAAAUUUUGGAUGAAAAAAAAUUCGCCAUUGAUAAAGAAGAAUUGCGCAACAUCAGCGAGUGUCACAGUGUCACCUUCAAUGCACACACGUCUUCCUUUUCAACCAAUUUGAUUGACAAGCAUCUCUAUGGAAAGAGAUUUUUACAAAUGCGAUGGAGAGUCCGAUUUCUCAUUCUUUAUUACUGCCUUAUCACAGCUUCAUCCUUACCUUGUGAACACUUUGGACACAUCAUCUGCUUCCUGUCCAUGCUUCUUGAUAGAUUCAGAGAGUUAAGGAAAAGGUAUGAAUACUAAAAUGCACAAUUUUGCAUUUCGUUUUGCAAUUUUUUUGUGUGGUUUACAUGACAUCUUUUUAAACAGAUGAUCUGUAUAGUACUGUAGAUCAUUCACACACUGACCUGCUAAUGAGAUCAGAGACCACUUUAAAACAUUAUCUCAUCGUAAUAGCACAUGAUACUGUUCUGUUUCAUAGAAAGUAUUUUGUAGAAAUCUGCCUAAUGGCUGGCAGAGGGACAACAACAAAAAUCGCUCGUGUUGUAAGAUUAAUAGGAUGAUUUAAUAGCCUGAAUCGAAGAGCUCAUUUGAGAAGAACAAUGUGUGGUGGCAAUAGCCAGAUCAUUUGUUUCCCUGUUCUUGCACCCUUUUGUUUAAACUCCAAUAAUAUGAACACACUUUAUCUAGACAGGUAUCAAAUUGUCAUUAGAUUUAGGUGUUUAUUUAACCACAGACCUGGAAGUGAAAUGAAGUCUGUGUCAAGCAGAUGCUUCAAAUGGACCUGAUCAUCGCAUACUAUUGAAGAGCACAGAGAUAAAACUGAAUGUCAAUACUCUGUUUAAGCACAAGAUUCACCGGUUAACAUUCAUUCAGGCUCUGUGUGGUGACGGUUUGUCUGUUUGUAUUUUUCUGGAAUUGUCUGUUUUUUAUCGCCAAUUCUAUUUGUACAAAAUCGAGAUCGUGAGAGAAACAACCAUAACAUGAUGUGAAACAUUUGUGCUGGCAGAAACAAUGCUUUGUGGCCUUUGUUGUCCAUUCGGUGGGUUAUUUCUUCAGUUUGUUAUUUUGAAUUAUUGUAUUUAAUGUGAUAUUCUGUAUUUUAGGCCUUGUUGUUUUUUUAAUUUGGUUUUACACUUUAACUUUCAAAUUGCUUUUAGAGAAGUAUCAUUUUUCACAUUCACCUCAGAAAAUACCUUUUAGAAAACAGCAGCAAGAUGUAACAGCAAAAAAUGAUGUUUUGACAAGGCGUAUUCGGAAAUAAACUUUUCUUACCGAACA